UUGCAGCCCUAAAAAUGCUUCUCUCAGUUCUCAAUGGCAAGGGGGUUUUGGUCAUUUGAGGUUUGAUCAACAAAUCAGCAGAGUGAGAAGUUCAAGAUAGGUAAUAGCUCUCCGGUAAAAGGACUUCUUCAAUGGCGGCGAGAAAUGCACUUCUCAAGCACCUGAGGGUGAACGCUCGACCCGUGCCUCCAAACCCUAGCUCAGUUUCUCUCUCCUUCGUCCAUCUGCUCCGACGCAACUUCUCGGAGGAGGUCAGGGGUUCAUUCCUCGACAAGUCCGAGGUCGCAGACCGAGUCGUCUCUGUUGUCAAGAACUUCCAGAAAGUUGACCCUUCCAAGGUUACACCAAGUGCUCAUUUCCAGAAUGAUCUCGGGCUAGAUAGUUUAGACACUGUGGAGAUUGUGAUGGCAUUUGAAGAAGAGUUUGGGUUUGAGAUUCCUGAUAAUGAAGCAGACAAGAUUCACUCCAUCAAUCUUGCCGUUGACUUCAUUGCAUCUCACCCUCAAGCAAAAUAGGGGGGACUGAUUUGUUUUCCCCUUUCUUGUGAGGAAUUAGCUGCAGCAAGAGAGUAGUUUCUCUUUUCCUACCUUGGAUAUAAAUUAUUUGUUUGAGUUCCUUCUCUGUGGAAAGUUGGGAGUUUAUCUUGGGCAUUUGCUGACUUGUAGUUUCGUGCAUAAUUCCAGAUGGAAACUACUAUACGAUUAAGUGGGCUAUGAUCUUUUGAAAAAAUGCUGGUUGCUUAGAUGAUAUUUUGUCUCAAAAGCGUUGAAUUGUUUUCUUUUUCUCUCUA